CAUAGGUAUGUAACAUACUUUGGUUGAUGAUGUUCCAUUCAUGCACUUCUCGUGCAUUGACAAUAAUUGAUCGGUAGCUCCUAAUUUAAUACCAAUUCUUCUCGUGAUGAUCCACCGAUUAAACCUCAUGCUUUUUCUUUUACCAUUCCCAUGCAUUACAUAUUCUAUUCUAUAACAUAAACACAUCAACAAAAAAUAAUAUUUUUCAUGAAUGGAUGCAUUGUGGAAUCUAGAGGAUAAACUUAAAAUAUCCACAAAAAAAUCCAUAAUUUUACUAGUUUGCACCACAAUAUUAAUCAUAAUAGUAUGUUUUACCCUUAUUUUUCUUAAACUUAAGACCAAGUCUUCUUCGAGGAACAAAAUUGCUAGCCAUGACUACUACGACGACAACGACACAGAGUCGAUGAUAACAAAUAUGACAUCAACAACGACAACAACAACAACAUCCAAAUGCGGGAUGAUGGAUGUGCGACGUGUGUUGUUAGGAUCGCCUUGUUGGAGCGCAGCGAAUAAGUGGAGUUAUGAAGAUAAAAAUUGUAAUUGGAAAUUAUCAAAAAAUAAUAAUAAUAAUAAUAAUAAUAAUAAUAAUAAGAUUAUUAAGUUUAAUUGUUAUGGUUGUUGUGGUGGGUCCAAAUUGCUACCUGUUUGGCAAAGGCCAAUAUUGAUGGGGGUUAAAUGUAAACUUCCAAGAUUUAGUGGUUUGAUUUUGUAUGAUGAAAGAGGUAUGCCACUUCCUCAUCGACAUCAUCAUCAACAACGAUACCAGGAAGUUGCUGAGAGCACUAUGACAACAAUGCUUAUGGACUUGCUGUAAUGAUGAUUAUUCAACUUUGACGGAUUUUGAAUGUGAACUUGCAAAUAGCCUAUGUUGUUGAAGACAUCUAUCAAUUGUUGUACUCAUGUAGUCAUGCUUGAGAAUAUAAAUAUAAUAAUCUUCAUAAUAUUUUUUUAUUAUAAAGUACGCGAAAAAUAAGGUUCAGGUGAAAAUAACUCAUAAUUUU